AUGGCGUCCACAAUCCUCACCAACGGCCGCAUCUUCACACCGAGCACCAGCUCAGACGGAUAUGAAUUCCAACAAACCAUGAUAAUCAACGGGGACCGCAUCGAAUAUGUCGGAUCCCCGAACCACGACGCUAUCCAACAAGCUAAAGACUCCAGUGCCCGCGAAGUGGACCUACAAAACAAGAUCGUGGUCCCAAGUUUCAUCGAUAGCCAUAUGCAUAUUGUGCACUUCGCGCUGUCACGUCGCAAGCUGAGCCUUCUGACAUGCAAAUCGUUGGAGGAGAUUCGACAAGCUAUCAAGUCCUUUGCGGAGGCUCAUCCAAAGGAGCCCCGGAUUAUGUGCAAAAGCUGGGUUCAGUCGACGACCGGGGGAGAAGCACUGGCAAGUAUGUUGGAUGAUCUGGAUCCGCGGCCGAUCUAUAUCCAUGCGAAUGAUAUGCAUUCCGGGUGGUGUAAUACUGCUGCGUUGGAGGAGUUAGGGGUUGCCACGAUGGCUGAUCCACCCGGUGGAACGAUUCAUCGUGACGAGAAUGGGAAGCCGUCGGGUUUGUUGAGUGAGAUGGCUCACUUGGGUAUCGUGCCCCAGUUUCUGGUCAGGGCUACCCCGUUGGAGGCUAAGUUGGAUGCUCUGGAUGAUGCGAUGGCAGCGUAUACUGCGGCUGGAUACUCGGGGAUGAUUGAUAUGGGUAUGGACGAUAUUGAAUGGGAUGUGUUGAAGGCGUGGCGGCAGCGACAUGGGGAAAAGUUUCCGUUCCAUAUUGCGGCACACUGGGUGAUUCCACCGAAUGAUGACCUGGACGUGGUACUCGGUGAGGUCGACCGGGCGAUUGCUCUCCAUCGGGAAUAUGAUCCAGCGACAUCCCCGACCUUCUGUAUCGUAGGCAUCAAACUGAUGUGCGAUGGUGUGGUUGAUGGCUGUACUGCCGCCCUGACCGAUCCGUAUCAGGGAUGCGAGAAUCCGGUGGAUCCGAUCUGGCCUGAGGACUUUCUGCAGGCUGUUGUGAAGAAGGCAGAUGCGGCUGGACUGCAGAUCGCUAUUCACGCCAUUGGCGACAAGGCCGUCAAGAAUGCGAUCGAUGCCCUAUCUCUAGCACAGCCUGGCCGUCGUCAUCGCAUUGAACAUCUCGAGCUCACGUCUCCCGAGGAUGCGAAACGCCUGGGUCAACUUGGAAUUACGGCAUCUGUUCAGCCAGUACAUUCGGACCCUGCUCUGUUCCGCGCCUGGCCGGAACUCAUUGGGGAGCACCGGUGUGCCCGUGCAUUUGCCUACCGUGAAUUCCUUGAGGGUGGUGCUCCAGUGGCAUUUGGUACGGAUUCACCCACUGCAUCCCAUCCCGCCCUACCAAAUCUGUACAAUGCUACAACACGCAGAUCGGCCAUUGAACCUGAAUGUACGGAAACGGUCAACUCUCACUUUGGAUUGCCUCUCGCUGCUGCUGUUACUGCCGCGACAACUGGUGCGGCCUAUUCACGUUGGGCAGAUUCGUGGACGGGAUCCUUGAAGGCUGGGUUGAGCGCAGAUUUUGUGGUACUGGAUAUGGACUGGAAGGCAGAGAAUUUACUCAAAGGAAAGGUACAGCAAACCUGGGCUCGAGGACGGAAGACCUUUGAUAGUAGUUCCGAUCGUGCCCAACUAUGA